AUACAACAAAGCCCUACUUAGGAGAGGCGCGUCCCCCCCUCAGCUACCCAUAGCUCAUAGCUCAUCGCCUAGCUUCAGUUAUAAGGCAAGCUGCCUCGUCUUCUCACUACUCUUUUACACUUGUAUCAAGGUAGUCUUCUUAUUAGAUCAUCAUGUCGUCGGUAUCUUCGAUUCACCAAGCUACCGCCACGGCAUCCGCCUCCUCGGGCGGAAGUUCUCGCGCAGCAUGGUUACUAGCACGGCAAAAAGUCAACACUAGGUCCGUAACGUAUUAUGCGGCUUCACUCAGUGCCCUUAUCGGGAUCUUCAUCAUCGCCCACUGGCUUCGUUUCACAUUCGUCAAACUUGGCUGGUCUCGUUCACGUAACCCGAUAUUGCUACCUUUCUUUGCUCUUUCAAGAGUUACUAGAAGAAUAUUCGUACGGAGUCUACCCGGGUUUACCUCAGUUGGCCAUGCUGUUCUUGUAACGGUCUAUGUGGCUCUGAACGCCACAUUCGGCUUUUAUAAUGUUGAUUAUAGUGUCUCUGCCAAUGUGGCCUCCCGACUUGGCUGGAUAGCGACGGGAAAUAUGGUCUUCGUAGUAUUCCUCUCACUGAAAAACACACCUUUAGCAUUCCUUACAGCUUAUUCCUAUGAACGCCUCAACGUCUUACAUCGAAUCGCCGGAUACACCACGAUGCUUUGCGUUAUUCUUCACGGAGGCCUAUAUACGUCUUACUUCAUCGGUGCCGGAAGGAUUUCAACCCUUCGAGAGGAAGUCGUCACAGCUGGUAUCAUCUCUGGAUUCACCAUGUUUGGCUCUGUUAUGGCCGGCAUGAUUCUAAGGCGCUUUAACUAUGAACUAUUCUACAUUGUUCACGUUAUCUUAUUUUUCGCCAUCGUUGUCAGCCUAGGUUUACACCGUCCCGAGCUCGAUUCCGAAAGGACACUAUACGCAACUAUAAUCCUUGCUGCACUGUGGUUCGCCGAUCGUCUCAUUCGGUUCUGCCGACUAGUCUACAACAGCGUCAACAACGAGGCCAACAUCUAUGCCCUCCCAGAUGGCGGCACUAGAAUAGUGCUUAAGAAGCCUAUUUCACGCGCCCGACCCGGAAAGCACUGCUACGUCUGGCUACCGAAAAUUAGGACAUUCGAAACUCAUCCCUUCACCAUCGUGGCAAGUGAGCCUUUCGAGCUUGUCAUCAACUCAUACAGCGGUUUCACCCGUGACCUCCACAACCACGCGCUGAAGAACCCUGGCGCAAGCCUCAAGGUCUCAGUAGAAGGCCCAUACGGUACCGUUCCGGACCCUCUGGACUUUGAUAAGGUUGUUUUGGUCGCAGGUGGCUCUGGUGCGACGUUUACAUUUGGCAUAGCGGCCGAUAUGCUUUCACGAAUGUCCGAGAGCUCUAAGCAGCAGAUCGACUUCAUUUGGGCUGUUAAGGGACAUGAUAACUUAACGUGGUUUACGCAACACCUGAAUAACCUCCGCAACCAUGUACACGCACCAAAGAUCGCUCUAAAGGUACAUGUCACCAGACUAGGACCUGAAUCGCUCCGAAAUUCGUCCUUAGAACAACCUGCGUCGGACUCUUCUACUACGGACCUAGGACCAUCUGCUCUCGAGAAAGGCAACGUGGACUAUAUUAGUUCUAGUGGCCCGGCGUCCUCUGCCGCUACCCGAUACGAAUCCGACCGAGAAGAGAAAGACACUACCCGACCCACGGACUUCCCAUCCGCAGCAACGAGCACGACGAACCUCAACUUGCCGAUCAGGCCGGGAAGACCUAAUGCAGAGGCAGAAAUAAGGGAGGCGGUGAGCUCAAUGACUAAGAACCAACGAGUUCUUAUAGCUUCAUGCGGACCCGAUAGCUUGACCAACAUUGUCCGGAACGUCGCGGCAAGCUGCAUCAGCGUCGACGGCCCUGCAGUCGAGGUCCACUGCGAGCAGUUCGGCUGGUGAUCUAAUUCACUUUUUUUUCAUUUAUACGAAGCAUCACGAGUUAGUUAAUGGGACCUGUUUCACAUUGUGGAUGGGAUGAUCAGCGGGCUUUUUUAUGCAGUGUGGGUAGACGGCGUUUCGGAGUAUAUAUGUCUAUGAUGUAUGUAUAUCAUGUCGCUUUUGAGUCGACUAUCGAACUAAGGGAUCGGAGAGGCGCCCGUGGGGAAAUUCCAUCAUACCCUAGAAGAGGAAAAGUAGAAGAUAGAUGUGGAUGCUCAGCUACCACCAAACCAGGUAUAUAGGACUAACUACCUAGUUACUACCUACACUAUACCAUACUCAAAUAGAAAGGAG